UUGGUAGUUGGUUCAUGUUUCAUGAGAGUACUCCCCUUGAUAUAUAUAGAGCUCUUAUGACAUCUAUAAUGCUAUACUUUCAUGUUUUCCAUUUAUUCUUUGCUUCCAAAGUCACAUUUUAGUAAAAACAAAUACUUGGAUUCAUUAAUGGUGAGAUCAAGGGCUCAAGUACAGCACCAUCAUGUAUUGCUGAUUGCAAUGGUUUUUGCUGCAUCAACUUGCAAUGGCGAUGGCGAUGUUUCUGGUCUGAGGACAUAUGUAACAAUCUUUAAUCGCUUGGGUAAGGGGGUUGACCUUACUUUACACUGCAAGUCCGGUGAUGAUGAUCUCGGAGAACAAGUAGUCCGUUAUAACGAGUCGUGGUACUUUUCAUUUUACGGUAACUUUUGGGGAACAACAUUGUUCUACUGUAGUUUCAAAUGGGAAGAUAAUGAAGUUGUGUGGUUUGAUAUUUAUAUUGUUGGAAGAGAUGCUACAACAUGUGGGUAUUCUUGUCGGUGGUACAUAUAUCCAUCAAACCCUUGCCUAGUUACCUAUAAUGCUUUUACAUGUUACCCUUGGAGUGCUUAUAGUUCUACGCUUUCUUUAGGACCCUCGUCGAUGUAAUUUCAAGAGCGAUCUCAUGUCAAUUGUAUUAGCAAAUUAGCAAUAAGAUUUAUUUAAUAAUGA